AUGAAGCUCAUACAUAAUGUGAAACUCGAGCGGCGAUUUGCAGAGAAGAGGGCUAAGAUGCGUGAAACUGGUAGACGUGGGAAAGAGCUUGAAGAAAACACAUUGUUUUUGGUGACGUCCCACAGUGCAGCUUUGAAACUAUAUCAGGAAGGACUGAACAUUAACUGUUCUGCCAUGAGAGCACUGGGAAAUCCAGCUUGCGGUGUUUAUCUUCAUCGGCAUAUUGAUGUCCUUCUGAAGUACCAUCAGCAAAACAAUCUGCUCACAGAAACAAUUGUGUUUUUCAAGGUACUAUUAGGAAAAGUGAGGACAAUUCCACCGUGCAUGAGAAAGGGGAAGGCUGAAGUGGACCCUACAGCAAAGUUUGACUGUCAUAUGUCCCAAAUUCCACCCAACCUCAAGGACUCAAUUGAGAUGCAGAUCAUCAACUCAGCGGUGUACUUGUAUGAGUUUGAUGCAUUCUGUAAGACGAUGGAAUAUCCAAGGCAAUGCCUACCCUAUGCCCUUGUUACAGUGAGGUUCACAGGUCACAAGGUGAAGACUGCUAUGGCACCUUUGCGGUUUGGUUCCGCAACAACAAACCCUUCACUACAUGGUAAGAGAAUGCAUCAGGUCCAAAGCCCCUUGGCUUAG